AUGUCCUCCAUUGAGCGUCAGGGUAUGGAUGGGUGAUAAUUGGUAUACAUGCUGUCCGCCAGCGGCUUGAACUCGCAGCACUGCCCCCCCUCGUGGCCGCCUUACCCCCUUCCUCCAGGGGUGAUUUGAGAUUGUUGGUGCGCGCUUAGGGGAGGGAGACUAGGGAGCCCAACAAAGUGAGAUCCCAUCAUCAUCAGGGCGCAAGCGAGGCGGCUGCUCUCAUCUCACCCUCCCUCCCAUGAUGGCCGCCGAAAUGAGCAUAGCUGCUGUGGCAGCUAUGGAGCUGCCGCCGCAGGAACAGAAGCAGCAGCAAUUCGAAGGCGGCGGCGACCGCUUCCACUUGCUCUACUCAAAAUCCAAGGUAUACGUCCACCCCACGCCCUACGCACGCGACAACAUCGCAGGCUACGUCGCGCUCCUUCGCAAAGGCUCACCGAGGCCCAUGGCCAACGCGGCAAAUAUCUACCUUGCGUACAUGCCCGAAGCGCUGCUUGAGGAACGCGAUGAACUCGCCGUGUUUGUCGACGUCGAGCUGCGCGCUGGUAACGUUGAAGGUGUCAAGGAGGUGUUUGAUGAGGAAUGCAUUCUCGCCUCUCCCCCACCAGCACGACUAGCCUCAUCCGCGCCACCUUCCACCUCCAGCGCCAGCACCAUCACCAGCUCGCCUGCAUCCCUCUAUGCAUUCUCCUUCCCGCUCUCAGAGCUGUACUCGUUCACGCUCAACCCGCCAACAUUCUCCCACUGGUACGGCACCAUGGUUCUCAGCCUCAUGGGGGGUGUCGCGCUGCCCACGCUGCACUUCCACGACGACGAGAGCCAGAGCACGAUCCUCGGCCUGCAACGAGCCUCGUCCGCAGCGCAGCACAACAGCAAUGGCAACGACGCCACGACCUCGCGCAGCGGCCUCAGCGGCAGUGACAUUGCCCUGCAUCUGGCGGCGCCGAGCGGCCCACCCGCGUCGUCGGCGCUGCCGUGCACAUGGGGCGGCGACGAACUGCUGCAGCAGCUGCGGCGUUACGCGCACGUGCUGCGCUCAGUCGUGCAGGCCAACUUGUUCCUGCUCAACCCGAGCAGAGACGACGUCGAGUUGCACACCACGCCGCUCUUUGACGACGAUGCAAUCGACCGUCUCGUCCCGGCCCCCUCGUCGAGUACAUUCGGCGAUGGGAACCGCUUUACUAGCGACUUGCACGUGCACCUGCCCAGCGCCCACCGCGGGAAUGUGCAAUCAGCCGGCCAGGAUGGCGGGGUAAGCGGCAGUUCGAUUGCCGCCGCUGACGCAGCCAAAAUGGAACCGCUGGUACUGUGGGCGAAAUCGACGCGCCUGUCGUUCCUCAGCUCGAUGGCGCAGCUGACGCACAGCGCACGCCAGGCAACGCACCAGGUUCUCUCGCAUCCGCUCGCUCGGCCCGUCGUUGGCCACCUUCCCGGGCCUGUUCAGACGUUCGCCCAGGCAGGCCCCUUCCCGCUCGGCCCUAUCAGUGACGCAGAGUGGGGCCGCAUCGCGCAGCAGAGCGGCACUGGCGAGUACGACAGCGCGCGUGUCUACUUGGCCAAGUGGGCCAGGCUCGUCGCGGAGGAGGGAGAGCGUAACAAGCGCAAAGAGGAGGCCCUCACCACGGCCGCUGCGGCGGCGGCGGCCUCCGGCAGGGCAGGCGGCGGCAGGGGUGGUGCAGCGUCAGGCACAGAGUACGGCGAGUCGGCGCACGAGGAUGUAGAAAUAGGUCAGCUGGGCGUGUUCGAGCUGCUCGCCAAGAGUGCUGACCUGCCGCGGCCGCCGACGAGCCGCGUGCAGGGCUCGCCGCUGACGUUGUCCGAGUUCGACUCGCUCUUCGAUACCGUGUCCGGCCGGCCAUUGCACUCAGCUGCGGCGAUCCAGCAGCGCAUCUUUGCGCACGGCCUUGCGGACCUUCCUGCGCGCCGCGCCGCGUGGCCAUUCCUGCUCGGCGUCGUGCCGUGGCACAGCACGCGUGCGGAGCGCGAGCAGCUGUGGCGCGCGCGUGCAGCUCAGUAUUGGACCAUCAAGCGCCAGUGGAUGGAGCAGCCUGCGCUGCUCGAGCGCGAGGACGUGCUCGAGCAGCGCCACCGCAUACGCGUCGACUGCCUCCGCACAGAUCGCAGUCAUCCCGUCUUCCGUGCUACCCCGCCUGCUCCGGCGACAGCCGACGGUCCGCCGUCGUCGUCUGGACCUGACAGGCAAGGCGCAACUGCAGCGGCCUCUCCGCCACCACUGCCGCCGCCCGCCACCAUGUCAGCCAGUAUCGUGCAAGAAAAGCAGGCGGGCCACUCGGCUGCGACGAGCAACGGGAACGUCGUCAAGCUCGGCGAAAUCCUGCUGACGUUCGGCAUGUGGGAGAGCGGCAAGCUCGGUGGCUACGUCCAGGGCAUGUCCGACCUGUGCAGUCUGCUGUACAUUGUCUGCGCCGGCGAUGAGGUGCGCACGUUCUGGUGCUUUGUCGCGCUCAUGGAGCGCAUGGCGCCCAAUUUUUACGCGGAUCAAAGCGGCAUGAAGAAGCUGCUGCUCGAGCUGCAGAAGCUCAUCGCCAUCAUGGACCCGCCGCUAUAUGCCCACCUCGACAAGACCGACUCGCUCAACCUCUUCUUCUGCUUCAGAUGGCUGCUCAUUUGCUUCAAGCGAGAGUUCCCUCUGGAUGACCUUUUCAAGCUGUGGGAGUGCAUCUGGUCUGCCGAAUUCGCCAGCCCUGAUGCUCCUGCUGCGGCGUCAUCAGAACACGGAAAAGAUUGCAACGGCCACGACGACGGCGACGCUCCACGCGAUGGUGUUUCCAACUCGUUUUCCCUGUUUGUCGCGCUCGCCGUACUGGAGAGCCACCGCGACUCGAUCAUGCGCUACCUCGACCAUUUCGACGAGAUGUUGCAGUACAUGAACGGCCUCUCUGGGCAUAUCGACGUCGAAUCCACCAUCGCGCGGGCCGAGGUGCUGGCACUUGCGCUCCGCGUGUUGUUUGAGCAAAAAGAUCAGGCCAAGGCAAGCGAGGGCUCUGCAGAGGAUGCUGCACAUGGCCCAACAGCCAUUCAUGCGCGCCUGACGGAUGACAAGGAGGAUUUGCGCGCUCUGGUGUUCCGCACGUAACUGUAAGAAUGUAUAUUAUCAUGCCGUACAAAAAUCUGGGUUGACAUGCAUCUUGUAGCAUAAUCCUCAUCAAGCAUAAAUUAGCCUUCGGCUCCC